CCAUCCUGUAACAUUUCGUCGUGGCAGUGCAAUCUAGAAAACCAACCAAAAUCCGAGAAGAGGAAAAAUACCUUUUUUCGUUCCAAAAAAAUAAUAAAAAUGGAACGCAUCACUAAACUCUUCGCGGUGUUGGUUUUCUGCGCGAUUGUAUUGUUACACCAAACAACUGCCCAAGAAACAAGAGGAAAGGAACUAAUCCAAAAGGUAUGCACAACUGCCCCAAAUAGGGACCUUUGUGUGGAUGUUUUAUCAUCAGACCCUAGCCGAAGCCCCGAUGCAGACCUCAAAGACUUGGCAAUCAUAUCUCUUAGGGUUGCUGCCAAAAACGCAUCUGGCAUGCUUACCGACGCCAAAAGGCUUAUCAAUAAUGCUAACCUUAACCCUGACAUUCAACAAGGUUUAGCUGAUUGCAAGGAGACAAUCUUGGACGCAGAGAGCCAGCUUGAGGACACCAUCGCUGCCUUGUUGGUUGAUUCUAACUCCGACGCUCAAGUUUGGUUGAGGGCUGCUUUAGCCGCAAUCGACACUUGUGACGCCUCCAUCCCCGGAGAUGAUGACAUUCUCUCUGUUAAGAGCAUUGUCCUUCGUAAGUUGUGCAACAUCGCCAUCGCCAUUAAUGGUCUAUUGAACAGACCUGGCCUUUUGAACAAACCUACUCUCUUGAACAAACCCUUAAAAUUCUAAACCUUUCCUACAACGUAUUGUUUUCUUUUUUGUUUUCCUUUGUGUAUUUCUUUACGAAGAAAAAGGAGGGCUUUGCAAUGUGACAAAGAGCAUAUGAGAAAACAAACAAUGAUAAUGAUAGGUCUUGCAGGCUAAUUUGUAGCUAUGUGAAUCCUUCAUUUAGCAUUUUGAUAUUUUUGAUUAAUCUGGCUUAUCUCCAUCAUUUCCUUA